AUGCGGUUAGGCUGCUCAUUGGGUUGGUGCUCUGGUAGAGCCGCCUCGUCUUUGUCAAACAGUCCACUCAGCUACGAAAUUAACUACCAGUUUAGCAAUGAGUUCAUAGACAGUCACCAAGAGCAAAUAUCUCUGUGGAAUUUGUCACUUCUGAAAGCACAAGAAUGUCGCGCUCAAACCGCGAGAAGAAAUCGUCUUAAUGUGGACCGAUAUUUAUCACAUCUCAGAAGUGUCUUUUGCAAUAAACGACGUUCUAUCAUACCUAUCGGAAGCAGCGUGAACGGCUUGAACGGGAAGAAUUCCGACUUGGAUUUAGUAGUAAUUACUGACCAUGACACAUCGAGAAGAACGAAGUUUUCUGAAAAGUUCAAGGCGAGUGAACACUUUCGAAGGAAGCAGAUGAAUGCUGUAGCUGGCAUACUGAUUAAUGCUAAACUAGUCGAUCCUGCGUCGCUUCAACAGGUUUUAUUCUCCAAUGUGCCCGUAUUAAAGUUCAGAAAUCGUGAUGGUAUUAUGGUGGAUCUUCAGUUUAAUAAUGUCGGUACUAUUCGAUCUUCUCUAUUCGUGAGAACCUGUGUUCAGUUCAGCUUUAUCGUUCCAGUUGUGGUUCACUGGAUCAAUUCAUUUUUUGAUGUUAUUAAACUCAAGAAUAGCCGUCAUGGACUUUUUUCUACUUAUCAUUUGAAUAUGCUUGCUUUGCAUUUUCUUCAGAGCUCUUCCUUCGAAUUUCUGCCGGAUAUCAUCUCUUCAUGUUCGAUGUUACGACCAUGUGCACCAUGGGAGGAUGAUGCAGAAAUGCUCGUUAUCAGCGACAAUCACAAAUGCUAUAAAAUUUCACCUGCAGAAGUCAUCAUUAAAAUGAUAGACUAUUAUAGUCAACUGGAUUUAAAUAACAUCUCUAUUGAUAUUUGCGGGAAAACCUACAAACGGAUAGCGGACAAUGCUGAGGACACGUUUAUACAGCUGAUAGAUCCAUAUUUCCCCGAAGAUACUUCCCCACACGCCAGAUGUACUGUACGAAAUGGUCCUUCUCUUGUACAACAAGCCUUUACUGCAUUAAGAUCUGAAUUAUUGGCUGGUAAAAAGUCCAAAUUUUUCCGAAGCACGACAUGA